AUGGCGUCUGCUCUCACCGUCCUCCUCCUCGGACGUGAAUUUCUCAAACCCACCAUCUGGGUGAGCCCCAGCAGGGUGGUGGCGCUCGGGGGAAGAGUCACCAUCCGCUGUGCGGGUCGGUACCCGGGCAUGGAGUUCUUUCUGCGUAAAGCUGGACACCUGAACCCGCAGGUGCGGUCGGUGCCUGAUGGGACCAUGGCUGAAUUUCCCAUCUGCAGUGUCAGCCGGGAAGAUGGAGGGCGCUACACCUGCGACUAUCGCUCCAUAACGGAUCAGAAUCGCACAUCGCAACUCAGCGACCACGUCGAGAUCAUUGUAGGAGAGCCCAGCUACCCCAAACCCAGCAUCUACCUGAGACCCAGCGGGAGGGUCUCCCUGUGGGGAGCCGUGAGCAUCUGGUGUCGGGGGCAGCGCCGGGGCGUGCGGUUCGUGCUGAAUAAAGAGGGACGCCAUUUUGCAGCUAUGGAUUCAGACGACUUUGAAACUGUGUUUCCCAUCCACAACAUGAGCCGGGAGCAGAGCGGGAGCUACAGCUGCUCCUAUCACAGCAGAUCUAAGCCGUUCAAUGUGUCGUACCCCAGUGAUCCUGUGGAGCUGGUGGUGGGAGCAGCCUCCCCGGAUUUCAACAAAACCAACGUCGCCCGCCUGGGGCUGAGCGCCGUGGUUGUGCUCGUCCUGGGGCUGAUCCUGGCUGAGGCCUAUUACAGCCGCCCAAGGGGAGCACCCUAGGAGCCUGGAUCCGGCUGUGCAGGGAAGAGAAUCUCCCUGGGGGACAAGCCGCUUUCCUGUGGAGUGCUGAGACGCCGGCACAAACCCCCUGCCACCAAACACCCCUGCCUUGGAGAAUCCCCCCCAACAGCUCCCAACCUGACAGCGGCACCCCAGGAUUGAACCCCCGAUGCCAUGUGUGACGUUGCACUUCAUAUGUUUAUGGAAAUACAUUAUAUUUACACUCAUAAGCAUAACUGGAAUAUGCUUUAUGCCAAAGGUCUCUUGUAAGGUAUCAUUAAAAAGCUUAUAAUCUACUGAGUGUGAUCAUCCUAUUUGUAUGAAUGUAUCGUUCUUCUAUCUAAAUCUAGAAAUAUAAAACUAACUCUGAGGUCCUAUUGUAAUUAUGCAAAGUGUGGGCUAUUAAUGGUGGUUUAGAAUUUGAUGGCACCCAUUGACUAGGAUAAUUGGCCGUAGAUGGUUUAUUUACUUGCAAGCCUUCUUGUGGACUUGGAGGCCAGCCUGUGGUUAAUGAAGAAU